AUGGAUGUGAAGAGUGCAUUCUUGAAUGGUGAACUAGAAGAAGAAGUUUAUGUUGACCAACCAGCAGUUUGUUUAUAUGUGGAUGAUCUUAUAUUUACUAGUAAUAGUUCAGACAUGAUCAAUAAAUUCAGGGAGGAUAUGGUGAAGGAGUUUGAGAUGACAGAUUUGGGAUUAAUGCCAUAUUUUCUUGUUAUUGAAGUACAACAAACAGAAAGAGGUAUCUUUAUUAAUCAGCAGAGAUAUGCAGAUAGAAUACUGAAGAGGUUCAAGAUGGAUAAUUGCAAUCCUAUUUUAACACCAGUACAGGAGAGGUUGAAGUUGAAAAAAUAUGGAUCAGGAGAGCUUGUGAAUCCUACUGACUAUAAGUGUCCGCUUGGAUGUCUCAGAUACUUAACUGCUAAAAGACCAGAUAUUAGGUAUGCAGUUGGAUUGGUUAGUAGGUUUAUGGAAUCACCAAGACAGUCACACUUACAAGCUGCAAAAUGUAUUUUGAAGUAUGUUAAAGGUACAACAAGUAUGGGAAUUCUUUACACAGUUUCAGAAGAACCAAAGUUAGUUGGUUAUACAGAUAGUGAUUGGGCUGGAGAUACAGAAGGAAGAAAGAGUACUCCAGGUUAUGCAUUCCAUUUAGGAACAAGAUUUUUCUCUUGGUCAUCAAAGAAGCAACAGGUUGUUGCAUUGUCUACAACAGAAGCUGAAUAUAUUGUUGUUGGCAAUUGUGCUACACAAGCUGUAUGGUUGAGAAUGAUGCUGAAAUAUCUUUUCCAUGAGCAGGUAACACCUACAACAAUAAUUUGUGAUAAUAAUUCUUCAAUUUCAUUAACAAAGAAUCCAGUGCUUCAUGGAAGGAGUAAGCACAUUGACAUCAAGUAUUAUUACAUUAGAGAGCUUGUCAGUAACAAAGAAAUAGCUGUAGAGUUUUGUGAAAGUGAGAAUCAGUAG